AUGGCGAGCCUAUCUUCUCGACUUGAUGCCCUUCGUCCAAAGGUGGAAGAGCUAAUGCGCAUUGGCGGGACACCAGGGCUUUCUCUGGAUGUCAUGCACCAUGGGAAUCAGGUCUACUAUGCGAGUUACGGCUACCAUGACGUAGAAGGACGUCUUCCGCCGACUGAUGAGACUGUUCUCCCCGUCUGCUCCUUAACCAAAGCGGUCACUGCGGCAGCCAUCGGAAUACUGGUCGAAGAGAAGAAGGCUCGUUGGGACACCUUGGUCAAGGACGCUCUGCCGUCUUUCCACAUCAACGAUGAUAUUCUACAAAACCACCUGACUCUCACGGAUCUUCUCUGCCACCGUUCAGGCAUCUCAUGGGGCGAUAAUCUAUUCAUCGGCACCGAUAACAACGUUCUCAUUGGCGAGAUACGAUCGGGUUCCACACCAUUAUCUUAG